AUGCAAGGACGCGGUGGGCCUGGUGGCAGGGAUCAUUUAGCUGACUUUCAUAGUUUUGGAGGCUUUGGAUCUUCUAGGAGUUUGAUGUCUAGUAUGUUUGGGGGAAGGGACCCAUUUGACGACCCCUUCUUCACCAGCCCUUUUGGACGGAUGUUCCAGUCAAGUAUUAUGAGCGGUCCAUCUGGCUUUCCAUCAUUUCCGGAAAUGCAGCGGCCUGGUUUUCCUUUUCCUCCGGAAAUACAGGGACCUACUUUUCCUUUUGCGCAGAAUAUGCAGAUGCCUGGUUUUCCUUUCACACAGAAUAUGCUGCCAUCUGGGUUUCCUUUUGGUCCGGACAUGAAUCCAUCUGUGUUUCAUGAGCAUCAAGCUCGUGCUCCGGAGCCUAGUAGUCGAAGGGGCCCAAUCAUUCAGCAAUUGGACUCUGAUGAUGAAAAUGAGGAUGAGACCGAAGAGAAGAAAGAAAAUCCAAAAAAGCAUAGAAGGUCAACAAGCACUGAACCCACUGUGGAACAUCCAGAUGAUGAACUUGAAGGGAAGAAGAUCAGACAUUUGCAGGGUAGAAAUGAAUUCAACAGUUUCAAUGCAAAUGAGCUCCAGCCUCAAACACACAGCUUCUCCUUUCAGAGCUCGACAGUCAGCUAUGGUGGUCCAAAUGGAACAUAUUAUACUACAUCAAAGACCAGGAGGACUGGAAGUGACGGAGUGACACUUGAGGAGAGCAAGGAGGCUGAUAGCUCCACAAGGCAAGCUUCUCACAGGAUUUCUAGAGGCCUGCAUGACAAGGGGCAUACUCUCUCAAGAAAGCUUAAUCCCGAUGGUAAAGUGGAUACUAUGCAGACUUUACACAACAUUGAUGAAGACGAACUUGCUGGCUUUGAAGAAGAAUGGAAAGGAAAGGGUCAAAAGUAUUUGCCUGGAUGGAGCGGGAGUAUUGGAGCUGGCCAUAGUAGACAAGCUGAGCGUGCUGGGCAGGGUUUGCUGCUCCCUUUAUCGGAGAAUAGUCAUCCCUUGGGUUCCUCCCAAGUUAGAGGCAAUGUCGGUUCUUCUCGUGCUCGGGAGAGGGUGUGGACAGAUUCCAAUGGUAGGGAUGCAUACCACCCAGGAAGGCAGGGUCAAAAUUAA